AUUCUUAAAUCCUUGUUCGUUCAAGUUCAGUGCGGAAGAGAACUACUUAAAAACAGUAACAUAACUAAUCUUGUUCAUGUUUUCAUAAUAAAAAUGUUUUCUUUUUAUCACUAAUGUUAUCACUGAAGACUAUAAUGAUGUAAGUUUAUUAAAGUGCUUUAAAAGGAAGAAAGAAAAAUCAGUUCAACCGUAAAACAUUUUCAGCAAAUAAUGAGUGAAAGGUAUUCUUCAUAAUAUAUUUUUAUUGAUAUAUUUGCAUGGUAGCCUACAUUUUUGCGUCAGAGACGCCCAGCUGUCACGUUGUUUACGCUGACGUCACGGUUUCCCUGGCAACAAAAGUUCACAGCUGUUCUCCCAAGAGGCAUGGUUAGAAAUAUUUUAAUCCACUCAGCCUGAGCAAGGGCCACAACAACAACAUCUGAGGAAAACAUGGGCCUGUUGUCCAUUCUUCGGAGGCUAAAGCAGUCUCCUGACCAGGAAGUUCGCUUACUGUUGCUUGGCUUGGAUAAUUCUGGCAAGACCACUCUGCUAAAACAGCUGGCGGCAGAAGAUGUCAGCCACAUCACCCCCACACAAGGCUUCAAUAUAAAGAGCAUUCAAUCAUCUGGCUUCAAGUUGAAUGUUUGGGACAUUGGAGGUCAGCGAAAGAUCCGUCCCUACUGGAGGAAUUAUUUUGAGAACACAGAUGUGCUGAUCUAUGUGAUUGACAGCUCAGACAGGAAAAGGUUUGAAGAGACAAGUCUGGAACUGGCUGAGUUGCUGGAGGAAGAAAAGCUUGCUGCUGUUCCACUGCUAAUCUUUGCCAACAAGCAGGAUCUAAUGACAGCCUGCCCAGCGUCUGAGCUGGCAGAGAGUCUCAAUCUGCACACUAUCAGGGAUCGCAUGUGGCAGGUCCAGGCCUGCUCAGCAGUCACUGCGGAGGGAGUGCAGGAUGGCAUGACAUGGGUUUGCAGAAAUAUAACGUUUCCGAAGAAAUGAUUCAGAAGGCAAAAGAUCCGUGAAGAAUUGCAGUUGCACUUUACACAUGACUUACUCAGUCAUUUUAUGUCCAGGACAAGGCAGAAUGUGUUACUAUUUUUGUAUUAAUCAAUCACUUUUGUCAUUCUGUCUUCACCUGGCAGUUUAAAAACAUUCUAUAAGUAGAAGUUGUCAGUACAGUGAAUUCUACACACGUUAACCUGUCAAUGCAUACCUUGAAAUGUAUUUCCUAUAUAUAAUGUAUAUACUAUGUAUAAUAUAUCAUGGCAGUUUUAUUCAAACUGCUGUUUUGCACUUUUUUUGUAAUGUGGUGCAUUUAAUGCAAGGGUUUGUAGGGACUGACUGUGAAUAAAAAUUCUGUAUUUUUUGUGGUGGA